AUGCCGCGCGUCAUCCUCGCCCGCCACGGCGAGACGCUCUGGUCCCUCUCCGGUCAGCACACUGGGCGCACAGACAUACCGCUCACCGAGCACGGCGAGCACGUAAUGCGCGUUCUCGCCCCGAGCAUCGUCGGCGUUCCCGCUCCCGGCGCCCCCGGAGCAGCAGCAGAGGACAGCAAGCGGCUGCUCGUCGACCCGCACCGCAUCUCACACAUCUUUAUCUCGCCGCGGCGCCGCAGUCAGCGCACGCUCCAGCUCCUCCUCGAGCACCUCACCCCCGCCGAGCGCGCGCAGGUCGUCAAACCCGAGAUCCGUCAAGAGUGCCGUGAGUGGGACUACGGUGCCUGCGAAGGGCUCACCUCGGCCCAGAUCCGCGCGCGACCCGGCAUGCAGAACUGGGACAUCUGGCGCGACGGCACGCCGGACCACCCGACCCGCCCCGCCGAGCUCCCGGGAGAAUCGGCGCAACAGAUGACCCAGCGUGUUGACGCCGUCAUCGCCCACAUACGCUACCUCCAAAAGGCCGUCAUCGAGGGCCACGCAGAGACCACGCAUGACCCCGAGAUCGUCCGCCGUGGAGGCGACAUCCUCCUCAUCGCCCACGGUCACUACAACCGUGUCUUCAUUGCCCGCUGGCUCGGACUGCCCAUUGAGAACGGCAGGCUGUUCGAAGUCGACGCUGGCGGCAUCGCCAUCCUCACAUACACGCACCACUCUUUCGACGAGCCCGCCAUCGGAGGCAUUUUCAGCGCCAAAGUCGGGCCUAAACCUGCGCCCGUCCUCCCUCCUCCAGUGCAACACGAAGAGACCCAGUACCUCUCCCUCAUCUCGCGCAUUAUUUCGUCACCCGCCUCGGAAGGUGGCGGGGAACAAAGGGCGGACCGUACGGGCACGGGUACGCUCGCCGUCUUUGCGCCGCCGCCGUUCAAAUUCGACUUGACGCAGGGAAAGUUGCCAUUGCUCACCACCAAGCGCGUCUUUACACGCGGCGUCAUUGAGGAGCUUCUCUGGUUCAUCAGCGGCAAGACGGAUGCCAAGCUCCUCUCUGAUCGCGGAGUGCACAUCUGGGACGGCAAUGGUUCGCUCUCCUUCCUGCAGUCUCGAGGUCUUGGGCAUCGGCGCGAGGGCGACCUCGGACCCGUGUACGGCUUCCAGUGGCGCCACUUUGGCGCCGAGUACUUCGAUGCCGACACCGAAUACGUCGCUAAGGGCGUCGACCAGCUUCGCGAGGUUAUUCGGCUGAUCAAAGAGAACCCUACCGAUCGGCGCAUCAUCCUGAGCGCUUGGAAUCCCAAGGAUCUCUCGCUGAUGGCCUUACCACCAUGCCAUAUGUUCUGCCAGUUCUUCGUUCACACGCCUGCGCCGGAUGCGGUACCCAGCACGAAGCGCGGCCUUUCCUGCCAAAUGUACCAGCGCUCCUGCGACCUCGGCCUCGGGAUCCCGUUCAAUAUUGCGUCGUACGCGCUGCUGACGUACAUGAUCGCUCAUGUCACGGACACUGAGCCGCGCGAGCUGACGCUCGUCAUGGGCGAUGCGCACGUGUACAAUGAUCACGUCGAGCCACUGAAAGAGCAAAUCAAGCGCGAGCCGUACCCCUUCCCAACAUUCAAGUUCGCGCGGCAAGUGAGCGACAUAGACGCCUUCAAGCCAGACGACUUUGUCAUAGAGAACUACAAGUGCCACGGCAAGAUUGAGAUGAAGAUGGCUGUAUGA